AUGGGUUGGUUCUUUCACUUCUCUAUUAACUCUCAUAAAUUCUUUUAAAUUCUUAUGUUGAUUUAAAAAAAAACACAGCGGUUCUGAAAUUCACGAGAUGGAUUUAGUGGGCUUUUCGAAAAGAAAAAGUGACUGUUUUCAGCUUUUUUUGCGAUUUGAAAACUCAACUUACCCUUAUUUUUUUAAAUGUUGAACAAACGAUAUUUCUUGGACUCAUAAAAAUUUAUUCAAGUACAUUCCUGAAAUAACUCAAAAAAAAUGGCAAAAAAAGAACUGAAGAGAGUGGGAUUCGAACCCACGCCUCCGAAGAGACUGGUGCCUUAAACCAGCGCCUUAGACCGCUCGGCCAUCUCUCCACUGGCGACUUGGAGAGCCUGAGGCACACUAUGAUACAUUCCAGGAACAAGUAGUGUAUUGAAAUAAAGCUAUACAUUUUUUUUUCUUUCAAAGUAGGAAAUUUUAUUAAGGCUUUCUUUAACAAUGAAAGAGAGGAAAACAAAAAGACUUGAAUUUUUUUUUAAAUCUCAAAAAAUCGAGAAAGAACUGUUAACAUAUUGUUUCUAUAAGGUUCUGGCAAAAUUCUAUGAGAAUAGUGAUAAUUUUCGCGAAUCCUCAAGUUUUCAAUACACUGCAAUGGAGGGAUGCCAGGUAUUGUGUGUGCCUCGGCGAGCUGUCGUUGCCAGUGGAGAGAUGGCCGAGCGGUCUAAGGCGCUGGUUUAAGGCACCAGUCUCUUCGGAGGCGUGGGUUCGAAUCCCACUCUCUUCAGUUCUUUUUGCCAUUUUUCCUGCGCAUUAUUAUAACGCAUAGCUUACUUUUCUUUACUGAUUGCGAUGUUUUCAGAAGUUUUUAUACGAAAGUUAACAAAUCUUCAAUUGGAAUUGGCUGAAUUCUGUUUUGAUACGCAGGUUUUUGUGUCUUCAUAGUUUUUUGAAGUCUCCGUCCAUUUUUCAGCUAAUUUGGACGGUUACAUCGGUUAUGUUGAACAUGUCCCUGACGCUUCUUCUCUGGAGCGGUGUCUACGAAAUGCGGACCGACAGCACCCUUCAUUCUACAUUUUUCUUCGAUUCUCAUGCCAAUUAUACGACUGGAAACGAGUUUUUGGAUGGGGCGGUGAGGGUUUGAAACAGUUAUCAUGAUUAAAAUGAUAAGAAAUCCUUGGAAGUUUGAAAUUUUCAGCUUUUUUUUUUAUUGAAAAGAGACUUACCAUUUUCCAGAUUGUUUUUGACUACUUAUGGACAGAUAUAACCUCUAUUUUUGAGCUUUUCGGAAUUUAUGAAUUUGAUUAAUCCUAUCUAGAGCUAAAAAACGUUGAGAAAAACUUGCUGAAUAAAAAAAACCGAGAUUUCAACAUGUUUCGUGUGCAAAGCCGUGGACGUAAAUUCGAAUAAACUGAGUGAGCUUAAUUUUUUGGCAAAAUCGUUUUUUCAUAGUUCUCCAUGCUCUCGCGCGCAAGUCGUUUGGAGUCGGCGGGUUUUUGUUCAAGUAUUUCACAAAAGGUGCGGAGCCUGUUAAAACCCUAACUAAAAGUUCCAGAAGCUUAUGUAUUUGUUGUGAUAAAAGCUCAAAAAAAUCAAUUUUCAGCUAAAUGGCCUCGGAACAAUGGCCCUACUUGGCGCCGUCUCAUUCGUGAUGCUUGGAUUGGCUCUGUACGAUUGCCGGCGGAUCGUUCAGCUGUGGCUUCACACGAGCUGCAUCCUCAUCCUUUUCGUCAUCUCCGGCAUCGCUGCUCAGUCAGUUGCGCUCUAUUGAUAACUAUUAGUAUUGUUUGAGUUUUUACACCUUUUGAGAUCCAGACGUUUAUUCCCAUUUUUUUAUUUUGUUCAACUAGAAAAAAAUCUUUGAAGUUUUGAAAAAUAGGGAAAAAAAUAAAAAGUUAAAAAGAAUGUAGAAAUUUCCAUGGCACAAUGACCCCGAGGCACUACAGUGCUGAUUUGGAGCCGCAGUCUCCAGUGGUGAGAUGGCCGAGUGGUCUAAGGCGCUGGCUUAAGGCGCAAUUCCCCUCGGAGACGAGGGUUCGAGUCCCACUCGUGUCAGCUUUUUUUUGCCAUUUUUUUUGUUGUUUUUCUAGGCUAGAUUUGUUGAAAGUUAAGAGGAUAUUGUGAAAAAAAGAGGUCGGUUUUAAAUAUUCCAGCGAUGCCACUGUCCGCUUCAACCCCGAAAUCACGAACAAAGCUGCGGUGACGAUUUCGAUCGCGUUUUCUUUGGUUUAUGGGUUUGGCGGACUUUAUGUGGGUUUCGUUAUCUUUAUAUCUAUAUGAUAGUUUGAGGCUUUUUUGAUUUUUCAUUGUUUCUUAUUGUUUCGAGAUGAAAUUUGGAAGAAAAUUGGGAAAAGUUACACUUCUUGCCUUACAAGGAGGUCAUUUCACUUUGGGAUUUCCCUGAAAAUUGGCUAGAACACGUCUUGAUGCACCAGAAGAAGAUUCUGGAAGUUUCAACCUGCGAAAUUUUCUUGUUUUUGAGAAAAGACGCUUCAAAGUCACAGAAAACCGUCAAAAUCCAUUAAAAUGACCUAUUUUGAAGCUUUAGACCCCUUUUUUCUCGAAAACUAGAAAGUUGUGCAGGUUGAAACUUUCAGAAUAUUCUUCUGGUACAUCAAGGAGUGUACUGGCCAAUUUUCAAGGAUUUCCCAAGUAAAAUGACCUCCCUGUUAGAAGUUUGAAUGAAAAAAAAAAUUUAAAAAGUUUUUAGGCUUUCUUUUUUGAAGCCCCACUACUGUGCCAUCAGUUCUACGUCAUUGUUAACUGCUCAUUUAUUUCAGUUUUUUAUUUGAGGUUUUUUUCAAUUUUUUGCAGGAAAUUUUAUAAAUUUCCAGAGCUUUUCCCAGUCACACGGCCUGGUUCGUCCUCUGGAGCGUCGUUAUUUGGGGUUGAUAUCAUUUUUCAAAAAUGAUCCCUUUUUAUAAAAUUUCAGACUUUUUCGCUGUCCUCGCCCCAUUGGGACCGUUGAGAAAGAUUCAGGAGAAGGCGGGAGAUUACAGUAAUAAUGUGAGCUUCUACAGUAUGAUCUUGUAGAUGGAAUCUUCAAAAAAAAAAUUAUUAUUUCGCUCCAUUUUUUUUAUCAUAUUUCAAGUUAGGUUCUGAUUAAGCCGAAAAAAAACUUUCCUUUGAAAGUAGGAGAUGUAAAUCAAUCUGAAUACGGUCCAGUUCCCUUGAAAAAGCCAUUUUUAGGUCCUCCGUUUCUUGAUGUUCACCGCAAACGAAACGAAAAAAAGUCGGAAGUCCGGAGAUCGGCUUGCCGCUGGAAUGGAGCCAACUCAGGCCGAAUCCGUCAAGGACCUUAUCAACAAGUUCAAUGAUAAGGGAGCCCAGCACUCGGAAGAAUUCGUUUCAAAGGUAUCAUCCAAAAAUUACUCAUUUUUUCCAAAUCAUCCACAAAAUGGAAGCUUUUUUGAAUAUGCCGAACUGAAAAAUGAACCCUUUUUGCUUUUAAAGCUCAAAAAUGAUGAACCAAGCUCCAGAAAAAAUGGCAAAAAGAACUGAAGAGAGUGGGAUUCGAACCCACGCCUCCGAAGAGACUGGUGCCUUAAACCAGCGCCUUAGACCGCUCGGCCAUCUCUCCACCGGCGAGAGCAGCUCCGAAUAAUCACUGUACUGCCUCGGGGCACGGUCAUUGUGAUAAGACAUUUUAUUUAUUGAUUGACAUUUUUUACCUCUUUUUUCUAUAAGACUAUGAAUAGAUAGAUUUCAAGUGGAUUUAACAGAAGUGUAUACUUUUUUUAGCUUUCUUGAAAAUUUUCAGUUGAAGUUUUGUUUUCACCUUUGUUAGAGGUUUAUUUAGGACUUAAUUAAGUAGAAUCUUCAAGAGAUGACGCUUUCCACCAAGCGUUUUAAUAUAACUUUACAAUAUUGACUGGAAAGUAAAAGAAAAUGCAUAAAUAGAUCGAAAUUGACACACCAAUCAGCAGGCCUAUAUAAUCAAUGCCACCUGCAUGACGAAUCAUAGUGCAAGUUGGCUCUGGAGAUCGCCGGUGGAGAGAUGGCCGAGCGGUCUAAGGCGCUGGUUUAAGGCACCAGUCUCUUCGGAGGCGUGGGUUCGAAUCCCACUCUCUUCAGUUCUUUUUGCCAUUUUUUAUCUGGCUUCUUGUUAAACUUUUUGGGCCUUUUCAGUUACAUAUCUUUGUUUUACAUGCAAAAGGUACAUUAUACAGCGCUCGUAGGCAUUUUUUGUAGAGGAAGUUGUUUUAUUAUUUAGAUUCGCAAGCGUAGGGAGUCAAUGGGUCACACGUCGUCGUCGAGCGAGUCUUCAGAAGAGAAGGAAAUGAAGGAGGAAGAUUUGGAGAUCAAAACUUUAAGAACUGCGGAGGAAUUUUCGUCUUCCUCGGCGUCUUCGUCAUCUGCUAACUCCGAAUCUGAUGUUUUUAAUUUUUUUUUUUCGACUUGUAAAUAUUUUCUAAAGACUUCAACAUCAACCUCGACGUAUACUUCUUCUUCUUCUUCUUCUGAAUCCGAGUCAUCUGAAUCGGUGACGUCACUCGAGGAGUGCAGUGAAGAAUGGGACUAUCAUAACACAGCCGCCGAUGCCCUUAAUGAUGCGGGUUGGUCUAUUAUUUUGGCAUAGUUAGGCUUUGAAGCAUAGUUAAGCGUACUCAAUUUAUAAUUGGCAUAGUUAUGACUUCUAGGUUAAAAAUAAGCAUAGUUGAGCCUUCUCAGGUCAAAAAAUGGCAUAGGCUUUUUCUAAAAUAGUUGGGCUUUUUAGCUUGAUAAAUAGUUUCUAGCUUCAAAAAUAGCGUAACUCAGCUUUUUUCUUACUGCACCCGACCUCCCACGGUUCUGUGAAAAUUUUAAAGUUUUAAUAUUUCAUUAUAUUAGUCAGAAUUUCGGCUGAAUGCACAUUGCUUGAAAAAUAAGGUUUUGCUUUUUUAUCAUUCAAGCGAAACAGUAAAAUCAGGAAUUUUUCGAAUGGUCAUUUUUCGCGAGAACAAUUCCAAAAAAUCUAAUUUUUUCAGACUCGAUGCGUCUCGGAAUGGGCGAUUUCGUGUUUUACAGCGUCUUGAUUGGAAAAUCGGCGGCAGCCGGUUGGUUUUACUUCGAAAAAGCUGAUAAAAUCAAUCGGCAACGCAAAAUCUUUGAAGGUUUGAAUGAAAUAUUUAUAGGAAGCUUGAUGGCAACGUUUGGAGCCGGGUUCGGCAUCAUUUAUGGGCUCAUUUUGACGCUGACCGUUUUUUCUAACUGUGAGUUUCAAGCCAAAAAGCGCUUUUAGUCAAUUUUUUUAAAGCUUCAUAAAGCUUAAUAGUUCUUUAGACCCUUUUUUGAAUUUGUUUUGUUUGAAAUCUUCAAGAAUUCGGCUUUUCUACAAGUUGAAGCAUCUACACUCCUUCAUAAGGCUUCAAAAGAUCAUUACAAGCCCAAGAAAAAAUGACAAAAAGAACUGAAGAGAGUGGGAUUCGAACCCACGCCUCCGAAGAGACUGGUGCCUUAAACCAGCGCCUUAGACCGCUCGGCCAUCUCUCCACCGGCCAUUUCCAGAGCCAACUUGCACUAUGAUCCGUCAUGCAAUUGGCAUCGAUUGUUUAGGCUCAGAAUUUUGAUGGUAUUCCUCAGAAAAUUUCCCAUUUUCCUUACGUUUCUUAGGUAUUUUUUGGAUUCGUACUUAAAAAUUUCCUCUGAAAAGCGUUAUUUCUUUAAAAUUGUCUUCAAUUUCACCUUUGGUGCACUUUUCAAGUACUAAAAGUAAGGAAAUUUCAGCCAAAAUUCUCGAUUCAGCUAAAAUAACAGUUUUCUAAGGAAUAUAAGUUAUAUUUUUAGUUUAGCUAGAAAAAAUCAUUGAAUUUUAAGGAGUAGAAAAAAAAUUCAAAGCAGAAAAAGCCAUUGAACAAUUACCCCGAGGCAUUACAGUGCUGAUUAGGAGCCGCAGUCGCCAGUGGAGAGAUGGCCGAGCGGUCUAAGGCGCUGGUUUAAGGCACCAGUCUCUUCGGAGGCGUGGGUUCGAAUCCCACUCUCUUCAGUUCUUUUUUGCCAUUUUUUCUUGAACUCUCUUUGAUCUUUUUAUAUCAUUUUUGAGCUUCAAAAACAUUUUUCAGCCGAAAGAACGACCCCAGCACUUCCAUUGUCCAUAAUUGGCGGCACCGUCUUCCAUUUCUUGGUCAGUUUUAUUUUUUUCCCCCAAAAAAAGGAUAAGAAAGACCUUUUGGUAUUUUGGCCCUUUCAGUAUUAUCACUUGGAUGAUUGCUUCAAAGUGACGCCGGCCCUUGUUGAAAUUAUCGGGUCCAGCUUGAACACUUCCCAUCACAUGGAAUUGUAG